AUGAGCACCGCAGCACUGAAUUCGAUCGGCAGCACCGUCACGCCGCAAGUUCUCUGCUUCUCGAAACCUGGAACAAGGAAAAAACGAUUGGUUUCUGUCAGGAAUUCGGUGGCAAUCGAAACCGCCAAGGACCAAGCCGCGGCGGCCGCCGCGGCAGAGUCUGUCCCCCGCCGGCUUGUGCUGCUCCGCCACGCAAGGAGCUCCUGGGAUGAUCGCUCUCUCAGAGAUCACGAUCGUCCGCUGAGCAAAUCCGGACGAGCUGAUGCUGUCAAAUUAUCACAGAAACUAGAGCAGUUGAACUGGAUUCCUGAGCUGAUACUAUGCAGUGACGCUCAGCGAACGCGAGAGACAUUGAAGAUAAUGCAGGAACGUGUGAGGGGAUUCAUGGAAGCCGAGGUGCAUUUCAUUUCAAGCUUCUACUCAGUUUCCGCCAUGGAUGGGCAAACAGCGGAGCACCUUCAACAGGCUAUCUGCAACUACUCGAGGGAUGAAAUUCUUACAAUAAUGUGUAUGGGGCAUAACAGGGGAUGGGAGGAGGCAGCCUCCAUGUUUUCCGGUGCCUCCAUAGAACUCAAGACUUGCAAUGCUGCCUUGCUGGAAGCAGCCGGGCGGUCAUGGAAAGAGGCAUUUUCUACAGCAGGAUUUGGAGGUUGGAAGCUGCAGGGCAUUGUAAAGCCGGACAGCGAUCUGUAGAAUGUUUCCAACUAGCCAUGGGUACAUUUCUUAUUGUUUCCAUGAGCUCAUAUGCAAAGGAGAUGAAGGAAGCUUGGUAGAUAACCCUCAUGUUGAGAACAAACUUUGCAUCAGAUUGAAAAGGUUUGAUGGGUGACAUACUGUGAUCAUGAUAUCUGUGAUCAUUAACUAGUAAGCUUAGGACUUUAAGUCGAGUGUUUUCACGAACAUGAUAUAUGUAUAUAUAUAUAUGCCUGUAUUAUGUACAUGUGUUCUUAUAUAAUGCUGUAACGCUGAAGCUAUGUUUUGUUAGCGACUUUCAGUCGCAUGUUCUAUGAGUUUGGAAAGGACUUUAAUGUUCAAUGCAGGCAUUGUAUUAGACUCUACCGUGUUAUAUAGUAUGUGCAGGCAAUGAUCAGAAUAUGUAAACUACAUAGAAUGUUAUUGGUAACUUCUACAUACAUCACUGACACAGAGAGAAGUGCAAGGUAAUUUCUGAGCAUUCGACAUUAAAUAUAAAUCUCCGGGCACAACUAGAAAUGUCAUUUUCUAAUGCUACGAGUUUUCAUGACAUCUAAAUUGCAGUUAAUGAUUUUUCGACAUAACAUUCGGAGAGAUAUGACUUUA